UCCGACGGCCUUAUAGUGGUGGAUGAGUUGAGAUGGUCAGCCCGCCAGCCCUUGUCCCUGAGACGGCGCCCUUCAUUUCCUCGCCUCUUGCCCUCCUGACCACCACCACCCACAUCACGACGACAAGAGGUGGAUCGUCAGCUCACCACCACUACCUUCACGUCUUGAGGGCUCGCGGCGAUGCGACCACAGACGAGUGCUAGGCAUUACCACUACCGAGACGAUGAGGGCGAUGCGCUGGGGAUCAGCAUGGGCGGCAGCAACAGCGAUGACAUUGCAGCCCUGAAAGCUGAAACAUCUCCCCUUCCACGGCAACAUCCGCAAGGCAAGCGACCGUCCUUCACCCUGCCUCGCUCCUUUUCCAUCUCGGCCGCAUCCACAUCAGCGACACCUUAUAUCCACGCAGGGUUGAAGGAGUUGAGGGAGAUGUUUGACCUCGACAGCCCAGUCAUUAUGCCAGACGAGGAGAACUUGGACGCUCUCGAGGCAAGCGUCGAUAUCAGAAGUAAUAGAGUCGCGACGAAAAGGUCAGCAGAGCCUACAAGUACCUCGGCUGCGAGUCAAGGCUGCUCUCUGGCUACGAAUCAGACUGCGCCAGGCGGCAGCUCAAGUCUGCGUCCGGCUCUCGUCAGUUCUUGCCUAUUCUGGUCUACGGUAUUCGUGUGGGGUCUGAAACAAGAUUCAGACCUCUUCUCUCCAGCAUUGCUCGCGCCUCUGGCUCUCCCACUGCCGCUCUCUGCGAUUGCCCUCUUCUUUGUUCAUCGCGGCGAUUCUUCCAUCUACCGCGAAGGCCUGGACGUCGUCUCAAAGGUCUACAAGGCCCACAUUCUACUGCAGGGCCUCAUAGGUGUCAUAGUCUGGAAUACCCUGGGCGAGACGGCCGUCUACAAGGAUCGCCAUGCUGGCUCUCUCCCGAACCGCGCCGUUUUCACAAUGGUUACCAUCGCUCAAGCUGCUUUGCCUGUCGCUUCUGCUCUCUGCGCGCAGUGGUGGCUCGCAUGCUCCAUCGCUCGAUGCGCCAAAGCUAUUCGCCCAGCGCGACCGCUUUCAGCGACGCCUGCUACGUCCGUUUUGCUGCCCUACGCAGUCAGAGAUUCUCCGCAGCCGACGUCACCACCAGCAUCUCCCAUGAUGGCUGCGCCCUCCUCUCCUCGCCUUACACGCACGGAACGCGCCAACAAGAGAUCUCGACCCUCAGCAUCAGCAACCCACACCACCAAGUCACAUCAGCACCGUCGCACCGUUUCGCAGCCCGUGAUUCCACUUGGCAUCUUCCGUGAAGCAUCUGCAGCCACCCCUCACGAUCGCGACCACGACGGCGGAGACACCAUGAGUCGAGGCCUAUCGAGCGAAGCUGCCUUCUUUGCUGAGCCUCUGCUGGCCAGGGGCGUAAGGCAGGGCCUCGUCACCCCCCGUCGCUCGAGGACGUGGGAGUCACCCAAUCGACCGCGUAGCACCAUCGUGGGCAGCGGUGGCGAACCUUCGAAGCAGCUGCUCGACUAGCUCAGCGCGAUGUCUGGGUGUUAUUCUUCUCGUCGCAUCUCUCAUCUCUGUAUCAUUAGCAUCGCAUACAUAGCUCAUCGCCGUGGCACAUUCCCUCUCCCGCUCACCUUUGUCUCAGGCGAU